CAUUUUUUGUCUUCAAUCCAUGGAAGGCCUUCGAGACUCAUCGUCACAAGCUCUCUCUUCCACGACGUCGUCUUCUUCGUCUCCCUCCUGCGAUGUAGACGUUGAGAAUCGUGGAAAACAAUUAACUCCUCCCUCUACAAGAAGAUCUCGAGCUGGUUUCUCUGAUUCUUUCUCUUCUCAUGAUUUAUCAUCAUUCUGUCGAGAUGAAGAAAUAACAACAUUCUGCCCCAUCAAAUCGGAAUUAGAUGAUGACUUAUUAAGGAGCAUAGAAUCGGAAACUUCAUCUUCCGUGGUGAGUACGUCAGACUCAUCAUCAUCAGAAGCUCAUCACCAUCACCGUCAUCACCAUUCGUCUGGAGGUCCCAACAACGGUCACUGGAGAAGAGGUUUCUUCCGUUUACUUAAGAAAGGAUCAUCCGCAAUGCCAUUCAACACGUUCACACCUCUCAAAGGAGUUCCAAAACUGACCAGACGGAAGAGCAAACGCAUAAGGGACAACAUGGUUCCCGUUAUACCUGCUCUUGACACUGAUGACUUGUUCUACUUCAAACCCUCCUGGAGGAACUUCUCUCUCCAAGAUAUUCAAACCGCCACAAAUGACUACAGCCGUGAAAAUCUGAUCGGAGAAGGAGGAUAUGCGGAGGUGUAUAAGGGACAAAUGCCAGAUGGGCAAAUAGUAGCUAUAAAGAAGUUGACUAGAGGUUCUGCAGAAGAGAUGACGAUGGAUUAUCUGUCCGAACUUGGGAUCAUAGUUCAUGUAGAUCAUCCAAACAUUGCUAAGCUUAUUGGUUAUUGUGUUGAAGGAGGAAUGCAUCUUGUUCUUGAGCUAUCUCCUAAUGGAAGCCUUGCUUCUUUGCUCUACGAGGCGAAGGAGAAAUUGAAUUGGAGCAUGAGAUACAAAGUGGCGAUGGGAACAGCAGAGGGACUAUACUAUCUCCAUGAAGGUUGUCAGAGAAGGAUCAUUCAUAAAGACAUUAAAGCUUCUAACAUCCUUCUCACUCAGAACUUUGAGGCUCAGAUAUCUGAUUUCGGGCUAGCGAAAUGGCUACCGGACCAAUGGACUCACCAUACUGUAUCGAAAGUCGAAGGAACAUUCGGUUACCUUCCGCCGGAGUUCUUCAUGCAUGGGAUAGUAGACGAAAAAACAGACGUAUAUGCUUAUGGUGUCCUGCUUCUCGAGCUCAUUACCGGUAGACAAGCCCUCGACAGCUCACAACAUAGCAUUGUCAUGUGGGCCAAGCCAUUGAUCAAAGAGAACAAGAUCAAACAACUUGUUGAUCCGAUUCUGGAAGAUGACUACGACGUAGAAGAGUUGGACCGUCUUGUCUUCAUCGCUUCCUUGUGUAUACAUCAAACCUCCAUGAACCGGCCUCAGAUGAGCCAGGUUGUGGAGAUUUUGAGGGGAGACAAGUGCAGCUUAGAUAAGCUAAGAGAGCGAGAAAACUCCAAACUCCAGAGAACUUACUCUGAAGAACUAUUGGAUAACGAAGAAUACAACUCGACAAGAUAUUUAAACGAUAUUCACCGACACAUGGAGACCGUUCUCGGAACAUCUAAGGAUUCUUGAAAUGUUCUAUACUUGCUAAAUGCAAGACAAAAAUUUCAUUGAGUACCCAUAUUUGUUCACUAUAGAAUUUCUAUGAUUGCUGAGGAUUGCGAGAUGAAUCCGAUCAGGAUUGGAUAUUAAGUUAGAAGAGAAAGGACAAAAAAGUUCAAUAUUGCUU